UAAACGCGUUUAUUUAAUAUUAUACGAAAAGGGAGCUGACGAUGGACCUUAGGUGUUACAAGUUGCUGAUUUUGGGCGGUGCCGUGCGCCUUUAUUUUAGUCGCACGCCACUUGCCGGUCUAAUAUCAAAUCGUGUGGAAUUUGCAACGCCUUUAAACUCAUAUAAACGCAUGCAAGAAGGCGUUUAUUUGUUGCAGCAUGGUAUUGAUCCCUAUGGUGGUGAUUUGGUGCAUGAGACGCCAUUGCUACUCAGAGCCAUGUCCACCAUUUUCACAAGUUACCCGGAGUUCCUGCCAUUACUCUACAUUCUUCUGGACUUGUCCACCGCUGCCCUUCUGCAUUUAAUGAGCUCAAAUUUUGUGCAACAAAAAUUACAACAACAGCGCUCCGAGCUCAAAAACUAUGCCAAAGAUACUGGCGAGCUUCAGUACACCGAGGAUGAUAAAUACGAUAUAGCGGAGCUUGUUCUUAUUGCAUAUCUGUUCAACCCUCUGACUGUGAUGAACUGCAUCGGAUUAACUUCUACAGUAUUUAGUAAUUUAAUACUCGCAUUGUUAUUGUAUUCGCUAAUGAAGCGCCAGCUCUUGUUUUGUCUGGUACUGCUCUCCUUUGAGACCGUUCGAAGUCUCUAUCCCGCCGUGCUCAUCGCGCCUCUGCUACUGAUUUUUGCACGCCGUUCCAUUUGCGCGGGCGUAAGCAUAUUCACGCUCUUUGUGGCCUGCUGUAUGGCCAUGGCUGGGGCCAACUUUUUGGUCAUGAACAGUUGGAAUUUUUUGGAUGGAACGUUAGGUUUCAUCUUUCACUUUCGGGAUUUGCAGCCAAAUAUUGGACUUUUUUGGUACUUCUUUACCGAAAUGUUUGAACAUUUUCGCACCAUGUUCCUCAUCACAUUCCAGCUCAAUGCCACCGUUUUAUAUCUCGUUCCAUUGGCGGUUAAGUUGCGCAAGGAGCCGUUGCUUCUGGCCACAGUGCUCAUAGCUCUCAUGGCCGUUUUCCGUGCAUAUCCAAGUCUGGGCGAUGUAGGAUUUUAUUUGUCAUUGCUACCACUGUGGCGACGCUGCUGGAAAUAUAUGUCACACGGAUUUGUGGUCUUUGCCUUCUUUCUCAUCACGCUUGUCAUGAUGGGUGCCCUUUGGCAUCUUUGGAUAUACGCCGGCUCGGCCAAUGCAAAUUUCUACUUUGGCGCUACCUUGGCCUUUUCCACCGGCCAAAUUUUUCUGAUCACAGACUUGUUGUUCGCACAUGUUAAACACGAAUUUUGUCUGUACAACGGCCAAAAGAUCAUUAUCAAUGGCGAGGAGGCACGGAUACUGCUAGAAUAAGUAAUGACAACACAUUCAAAUUAAAAUACAACAAAAAACAAACACA